GUCCCUCUUCCAUCCACCACCGUACUUCAACAUCCAUCUUUCCAUGCAAACUUCAAAUGCCAUCGUCCUGCAAAUUUCAACCUCCCAUUAUACGUUUUAGCCAUUUCUUGGUGACAAGGCAAAAAAACUCAGAUUCCAAGGAACCAAAAACUGCAACAACAGGGCAUCGAUCUUAGGUUGCUAAAAACAGACGCUGGUCGUGUGUUGCAGUGUUGGAUCAGGACCUUCAGAUCCUGCUUCCUGUUAGUUGCCUUUCACCACCAACACCAAACAACGUUUUCAUCAAUGCUUCAAAGUGUGAGGAAGAGAAUUUGAAAGCUUGGUAGGGAUGAAUCAACCCAAAAUUAAAGGAAGAGUGGGUAAAUACCAAGUGGGAAGGACCAUUGGAGAGGGAACCUUUGCUAAAGUGAAGUUCGCGAGAAAUUCUGAGACUGGGGAACCGGUGGCACUUAAGAUCCUUGAUAAAGACAAGGUUCUCAAGCACAAAAUGGCUGAACAGAUUAAGCGGGAAAUAGCAACAAUGAAGCUGAUAAAGCACCCAAAUGUCAUCCGUUUACACGAGGUGAUGGCAAGCAAGACAAAGAUAUUUAUAGUUUUGGAGUUCGUCACCGGGGGAGAGCUCUUUGAUAAAAUUGUAAAUCAUGGUCGGAUGAUGGAAAACGAGGCACGAAGAUACUUUCAGCAACUCAUCAAUGCUGUUGAUUACUGCCAUAGCAGGGCCGUCUACCAUAGGGACCUCAAGCCUGAAAAUCUGCUGUUGGAUGCAUAUGGUAAUCUCAAAGUUUCGGAUUUCGGAUUAAGUGCACUGUCCCAGCAAGUCAGGGAUGAUGGUCUCUUUCACACUGCCUGUGGAACACCGAAUUAUGUCGCUCCCGAGGUCCUUGAUGAUCAAGGCUAUGAUGGGGCAAUGGCGGAUCUCUGGUCGUGUGGCGUCAUUCUCUUUGUAUUGCUCGCCGGAUACUUGCCUUUUGAUGAUUCUAAUCUUAUCAACCUAUACAGAAAGAUUUCAGUAGCUGAAUUCACUUGCCCCCCUUGGCUAUCUUUGAGUGUAAUGAAAUUGAUAACUAGAAUCUUGGACCCGAACCCCAUGACUCGCAUUACCAUUCCGGAAAUUUUGCAGGAUGAAUGGUUUAAGAAAGGUUAUAAACCCCCGGUGUUCGAGGAGAAAGACGAUACGAACUUAGAUGAUGUCGAAGCUGUUUUUAAGGACUCUGAAGAGCACCAUGUAAUGGAAAAGAGAAAAGAAGAAGAACAACAACCAACAACUAUGAAUGCUUUCGAGUUAAUUUCCAUGUCGAAAGGGUUAAACCUCGAGAAUCUGUUUGAUGCAGAACAGGGAUUCAAGCGAGAAACCAGAUUUACGUCUAAAUGUCCAGCUAAUGAGAUUAUCCAUAAGAUCGAAGCCGCUGCAAAGCCUCUCGGCUUCGAUGUCCACAAGAAAAACUACAAGAUGAGACUCGAGAGUUCCAAAACCGGGAGGAAAGGAAACCUUAACGUCGCGACGGAGGUAACUUACACCAACAUUUUUGUUCAAAUCCAGGCUUACAUUUUUGCAGAUAUGCAACUUGUUAUUAUUAUGUCAAUCAGAUAUUUCAAAUGGCACCUUCUUUACAUAUGGUCGAGUUGCGGAAAGCAAAGGGGGACACAUUGGAAUUCCAUAAGUUCUACAAAAACCUUUCAACAUGUCUUGAAGAUGUUGUGUGGAAAACUGAGGAGGACAUGAAAGAAGUGAAGUAAACAACUUGUUCAAUCUUGCCCAUGUUUCCUAACUGUAAUAUGAUUUUGAUAUUUUGUUCAUGCUGUUACAAAA